CUGAGAUAAGCAGUAUAAAGGCGCAGGAACCUUUUGAACAUGUGAGAUGAGGACACUACUGACUGAGGAAAGAGCUGCUCAUAGAGGGGGCCGAUUUAAAGCCAUACCUUUUGUGUGGGACAAUUUUUAAGCAUUUUUUCUUCCAUCUACCAGACAGAAUGCAUUACAUCGCCAUAUUUGCACUGCUGGUUGCUUGUGUUUUUGCAGAGGAGUCCCAUUACUCGUUUUCACCAUCUGUUGGAUCAGGAAGUGGCACCUCAUACAGUAUAACUGGUGAGGGAAGAAUCACAGCUAUCAGAGUCUGGGAGCUCUAUGGCAACCACAUCUACGGGAUCCAGGUACGCUACGGAUCCAUUUGGUCCGAGGUUGCUGGCUACACAUACAGCAAUCCCAUAGAGUUUGAGUUAUUCAAUGAUGAAAGAAUCAUCCAGAUCUCCGGAAAAUAUGCUCACUACAUUCAGUCAAUGAUCAUUGUCACCAACAAGGGUCGCUCACUGUUCGUGGGCCAGCCCUCAGGCCAUUCCUUUAACAUGUAUGCCACCCACCCGGACGCUGAGCUGCGCUUCCUCAGUGGCAGAUAUCAUGGAGGCCUCAGCGCCUUCCAGGCCCACUGGGCUAUACUGGACGACACCGAGGAUUGGUGAUUUAAAUAAUGCACUGUGCUCUCUCCUUUAAUCCCUUUACUAAAUCAGAAUGUGAUUCUAUUGGUUUUUGUCUCUUUUUAAGCAUUUAUAAGAGCGCUAACUAAGUAGGUGUGGAAUAAUUUGCUAAUUUAAACCGAUUUCUAUUCUUGCUGUUUUAUCUAAAGUUUAAUUAUGUAGCACUUAUUUUAAGACAGUCACUGUCUUUGUGCACUUUUGAUUAAAAGACAGUUGUCAGCGAGAUAAAAAUCAGGUAACUGUUUUUGUUAUUAUGUAGAAAUUUAAAUUGUUAUACAGAUUAAUAAAGAUUUGUGACAUCAUUAAU